GGGGAGUCGUCGCCGCCGCCGCCGCCGCUCCCGCCGCCGCCGCCGCCGCCGAGGUGACUGAGGAGAGAGGCGCCUCCUCGCUCCCGCCUCCGCCGGCCUUCAAUGCCCAGUCCUCAGCUCGCCAGCGUUUUUCGUUGGAAUAUACGUUGCACAUUUAUGGCGAUUCUGAGCGUGAGGGCAGACUUCUGCCAGGCUCAGCACAGCGUUUUCGCUGACAAGUGAGCUUGUGGGUUAUAUGUGCCAUAAUUAACAUUGCCUUGAAGACUCUGGACACCGAAACUGGCCUGAGAAGUAGUAGGCUUUUUUUUUUAAUUGCAAGCAUAUUUCUUUUAAUGACUCCAGUAAAAUUAAGCAUCAAGUAAACAAAAGUGGAAAAUAACCUACACUUUUAACUUGUCUCACUAGUGCCUAAAUGUAGUUUAAAGGCUGCUUAAGUUUGUGUGUAGUUGGAAUUUUUUGGAAGCUGAAGGUAUCCAUCUGCAGACAUUGAGACCCAAGUUGAAUUUGGAUUCAAGUGGAUUCUUAAUACUCUGCCUGUGUUGAAGAGAGAAGCUUCAUAAGGAACAAACAAGUUGGAUAGAGAAAAUAGUGAUCAAUAAUAGGCAUUUUAGUGGUCUUUUUAAUGUUUUCUGCUGCGAAACAUUUCAAGAUUUAUUGAUUUCCCUCUCCCCCCAUUUCCCCACCACAUUCACACAUGCACGCUCACACUUUUUAUUUGCCAUAAUGAAUCGUCCAGCCCCUGUGGAGAUCUCUUAUGAGAACAUGCGUUUUCUGAUAACUCACAACCCCACCAACGCUACUCUCAACAAGUUCACAGAGGAACUUAAGAAGUACGGAGUGACAACUUUGGUUCGCGUUUGUGAUGCUACAUACGAUAAAGCUCCUGUUGAAAAAGAAGGGAUCCAUGUUCUAGAUUGGCCAUUUGAUGAUGGAGCUCCGCCCCCUAAUCAGAUAGUAGAUGAUUGGCUAAAUCUGUUAAAAACCAAAUUUCGUGAAGAGCCAGGUUGCUGUGUUGCAGUGCAUUGUGUUGCAGGAUUGGGAAGGGCUCCUGUGCUGGUUGCACUUGCACUGAUUGAAUGCGGAAUGAAGUACGAAGAUGCUGUUCAGUUUAUAAGACAAAAAAGAAGGGGAGCAUUCAAUUCCAAACAGCUGCUCUACUUGGAGAAAUACCGACCUAAGAUGCGAUUACGCUUCAGAGAUACCAAUGGGCACUGCUGUGUUCAGUAGAAGUAGAGGAAGGCUGGCCGGAUCGUGGCAUUAGAGGGAACUCUUUGGUACCUGGAAAUGUGAAUAGGAAAUCUUACCUGUGUCAUCAAAGUAGUGAUGGAUUCAGUACUCCUCAACUCCUAAUGAUUGAGAAGAAAGCAAACGAUAAAGAAAUCCCUCUAUAACACGAAUAAAAUGUUUAAGAAAAGAAAAAAGAAAGGAAAAGGGAUUAAUUUAGUGAAAGAUGAUUUUGCUCCUAGCUUUGGAGUUUUGAUUUCUGCCAGGAUUGAAUUAUUUUAAAAUCUCCUGUGUUUUUUAAGCUUUUUCAAAAUAGAUGUCUGAGGAAAACCAGCAGAAUAUUAACCAGUGUGGAGCCAGUUGAUGGGGAGCACACACUUCCAUUAUGCUUGGCACAUAGGUCUCUUUUUGGUGGGAUUUGGGGGAAAUCGGUUUCCCCAUCUUCUCUUUCUUCCUGCCUCCCUCCCUUCUGAUACACGUAGACGGACUAGAGAGAAGCCCCUUUGCUGUAGGUGUGCGUGUGUCUGGCAGCCUUAAGCCCACAUGGGCACUUUUAGGAAAAAAACAAAAAACAAAACAAAAAAACAAAACAAAACAAAAAAAUCCAAAAAACAAAAAAGAGAAAACAAAGAAAAGGCAGUGGCGCUUAUAUUAUAUAAUGCAGGUGGUUUUCAGUCUAUUGAUGAUGGGUGUUCGUGUUAGUUUCUUCCUCACAGUCCUGAGCUAAGAUUGUGGUGUGAAAGGUAGUCAAGAGCCGUUUGGUAAAUGGUGAGGAAGUGACAUCCUAAAGAGGAGUCUGUCUCCUGUAAUUUAGCUGAGAGAAACCUUUUUUCCCAA